AUGACUUCAGCUCAGCAGCUGCUCCAGUCUCAGAGAGACUUACUGCUGAAGUGGACUUGUGACCAUCCGGCACCGUUGCUGCGUUGGCUGCGUGAUGAAGAGGUGCUUUCCUCUGCCUGCUACCUAUCUCUGCUGGAGAGGACGCCUUCCAACGCCGUGGUCCAGGUCCUGGAGACGGUGUGCGCCACUGAGAAGAGCAGUCAACAGUUCCUGCUGGUGCUGAAGGACGUGCAGGAUUAUUACUGCAGAGAUCUGCAGCUCUGGGUUGAGAGACACUGCAGGAACGGUGCCAUCAGUGAGCCAGUUCCUGCACCUGUUAAAGAAAAGCAGACGAAAGGCCCCAUUGCUAAAUUGUUUAAAGGAAAGAGCAAAGGAUUCUCCAUCAGUCCUGAGGUUAAAGCUAAAGAAGAAGUAAAACCCGGCAGGAAUCGAGUGUUGGCGAACAUUAAAGUUCCAAUUUCUGCCCAUAAAACAACCCUGCUGAAACGCACCGAGCAGCUACGAUGUUACUCAGAGGGCAACAGAGUGGCUUCAAACUCAGCUUCUCACAUCGAAAUCCGCUACACUGACCUCUUCGUGACAGAAGAUAAUGACUUAGUCGACAGCAGCCAACACGAAUACUUUGACUUGUCGAGGAGACGAGCUCGCAUCUAUGACCACCAGAGCUGCCAGCGCAUCCGGCCUUGUCAUCUGUUUAGCCCCCAGGGACCGUCGGAGCGGCCCCCAAAAAGGGUUAAAGUCAAGGGUAUUGCUGGUAUUGGAAAAAGUGUAGCAGUACAGAGGCUGGUCUAUGAGUGGGCAAUUGGGAAGAAUAUGCGUGAAUUCACCUGCAUUUUUGACCUGCGCUUCCGGGAGCUCAAUCUGAUUAAAGCCCCGCUGAGUUUAUUGGAGCUGCUUGGAGAACGGUUCCGGUACCUGAAGGAAGCUCUGCCUGAUCUUUUCACCUCACCAAGCUCUUUGCUCUUCAUCUUGGAUGGUUUAGAUGAGUUUAAAUUCCCCUUGGACUGGAACAGUCCAGACAACAACAUUGAUUUGAGCACAAAGGUGCCAGUUUCAGAGCUAAUGGCGGCUUUGAUCAAGGGAAGUCUUCUUCCGGAGGCAUCAGUCAUCGUCACGACAAGGCCGUCUACUUUCGCACCCAAACGUUUCUUCCAGAGAUGUUGUGUAGUUCUAGGCUUUGAGGAAGACCAGGUGAAAGAAUAUACGACAAAGUUCUACAAAGAGAGCAAAGUUGCAGCAAAAGUCUAUGAUUACAUCUUGAACAACGACAACCUUUUUGUGCUGUCCUUCAUCCCUCUUUACUGCUACAUCAUCUGUACUGCUAUGGCUGAGUUCUUUUGUUCAGGGACUGCAGAUGUUGGUGACUCAAAGUCUCUGGAGUUAAACCCACCCAGAACAGUCAGUGAGGUUUAUUUCUGCUACUUGUUUACAGCAGUCAAGCACCAUGCACUGAAGGGGAGCGCAGAUAGAAGCACACCUAGAUCUGAGGUUCUCUCUUUAGCCAAGCAACAACUGACAAACCUGGGAAAACUGGCUUAUGAAAGUCUUCUUCAGAGGAAGAUAAUGUUUGUCAGAGCGGAUCUGGAGAACUACGGUGUUACACCUGUUGAUGUUCAGAGCACCUUUCUCUGUCACAUCCUCCAGCCUCUCAAAGAGGAGACAGUGGAGAUGUUUUCAUUCUUUCACUUGACAGUUCAAGAACAUCUGGCUGCCCUCUACUGUGCCAUCAACCUCUCCAGCCAGGAUGAAGUAAUCCAAGCUCUUGAUUUCUGGUGCUUUGGGAGACAUCCGGUAUCCUCCGUUGCUGCACCUCUGCAAAACAUUGAUCUCAACAUUGACAAACUGGAGAGCCUCCAAAUGUUCACACGCUUCUUCAUGGGAAUGCUUCGAGCACGGCUGGCAGGAGAUUUAGAUGGCCUUGUUCAUUCCCAGUUGCAGCAAGGGGACGGCCUCCCCACUAGGCUGGGUUUGUGGGUCCAAGAUCAGUUUAAAGGCAGAAAGCUGGAAAACCUUACAGCUCUGAAUCUUCUCCACUGCCUCAUGGAGUUCCACAUGAAGGAAACUACCAGCAUCGCAGCACCAGAAAUCAAGACACUUCACCUGUUUAAAAUGAAGCUCAGUGUUGUAGACUGCGCAGCGAUGCACUACGUGCUGCAGUUUUCUCCACACAACCUGCAAGAGCUCAACUUGGGCUACUCCAACAUUGGAAACAGAGGACUCGACAGACUGGGGCCGAUCCUACAUCGCUGUGAAACUCUCUAUAUGUGUGGCAAUAACCUGGGUCCAGAGGGGGUUUUGGAGCUGUGGAACGCUCUGGAGCACAACAACACUGUGGAAGAACUUUAUCUGGACAUCACCGGCAUCACAGAGAGAGGAACAGAAAACAUUGUCAACUGCCUCAGCAAAAACACCUCCCUCAAGACACUGACCAUCGUUGGGAAUGACAUUGGAGAGACGGGGAGGAGGAGGCUGAGGGAGCUGGAACAACGUAGGCCAGGACUCAGGAUUAUUGCAAACUUUGUGGAUGACCUCGGGUUACUUCAGGCCUACCUGGACUGGGUGGAGGAGAUCCAGGCCGACAGAGACCAGAUGGACUCGGUGAAGAAUGCGGACGCCCUGCAGUCUGUGCUGAAGGGACUCCGGGUGGCGGGAGGAAAGGUGGAGAAAAGAGAGAACGCAGAGAAAGCUGAGGAGCUGCAGGCAAAGAUCACGGAGCUGCUGAGGUCUCCUACAGACCUGAUGGGAGGAGGGCGACAGUAA